CCCUGUUAAGUUUUCUGGAGUAAUGCAUAUAUGAUGAAUAGACAAGAGAAAAUCUAAAAAUUCAAUCUAAUGCCUUGCUUGUAUUCGCGAUAUCAUGUUCAAUAGCUAGGUCGUAUAUCGUGACACAUGACGUAUGGGAUACUUGGAGUGCUUCGUAUAGUCAGUAACAGCCUAAUAUUGUGUGAGAUGAAGGUAUCUUGAUUGCUUUUUAUUUUGGCUACAAAGGUAUGAAACCACCGUUUUCCUUGAGCUCAAAUUUACUCUGCCUUCCCGCCAAGAAUUCCAAGGACAAUGAGGUAACAGCUACGAUUAAAAUCACGCAAACGACGUUGGCUGCAUGAGUUGGAUUGCGAUCUUUUCUAUAAUCGCCCCCAACCAGCAGCGCUCUGUAUAUGUCAGCUGUCUUAUUCAGGAACUCCUGAUCCUUCGUACAAGCCGCCUGCGGUUCCUCAUACUGGCUGGUCACCAAUGGCAUGGCAUCAGAGAGAUGAGACGGGCUCAGAGAUAGUCCCCUCGCAGUCUCAUGGCCCCAACUCAUCCCCACAGACAAGCGAGAGCGGGCAGGUGACACCGUCGAGUGGAUCCAGCCCAAACACCGUUGAUCGACGUCACUCACUUCCGUUCACUCCCGCCGACUCCAAGCCGCGUGCUGUUGACAGCGAUGAUGUUGGUGAUGGGCAUGGAGGUGAAAUGUAUGAGUUGCGGGAGUUUGACGGGGCCGGGACUGAUGCCGACGAAACCGACGACGACGACGAAGAUUCACGAAUGAUCGGUGGGAGACGUCGGAAACGAAAUGCAAGGAGGCAGAGCGAGAGCACCGUUGCUAGCUUCCAACUGUACACGCCCGACGAAGAGAGGGUCAUUGUCCGGAAAUUUGACCGUCGUCUUGUCGUGUUCUUAGCGUUCUGCUACAUGCUGUCUUUCGUCGACCGAUCGAACAUCGGCAACGCUCGCAUUGCGGGCUUGGAAGAGGACCUACAGAGCAGGCCGCCCCGCGAAGACUAUUUCGAAUGGGCGCUGCGAGCCUUCUAUAUUGCCUACAUCGCAUUUGAAUGGAUGUCGCUGUUGUGGCGUCUUGUGCCCGCACAUAUCUACGUCUCGCUUGUCGUGCUGUCGUGGGGCGUUGUCGCCUCUUUGCAGGCCGUUGUCACGAGCUAUCCUUUGCUCAUUGCGUUGCGCGUGUUACUGGGAAUCGGCGAGGCUGGCUUCACGGGUGUGCCGUUCUACUUAUCAUUUUUCUUUAAGAGGCACGAGUUAGCAUUCAGGACGGCGCUUUUCAUCUCUGCUGCUCCGCUUGCAUCUGCCUUUGCCGGCUUCCUAGCUUGGCUUAUUCUGUGGGUUGGGGAGAACUUGCCAAUUGCGUCAUGGAGAUUGCUAUUUCUCCUUGAGGGUUUCCCGUCCAUCCUCGUUGCUACCAUCGCGUGGAGUGUCAUUCCGGACUCGCCCGAGACCGCUGCAUACCUCACUCCCCGGGAGCGAAAGAUUGCACGUCUGCGCCUUCGGCAGGAGAAGGUGCAACAGCACAGCCAUGAGCAAUCUUCCUCGUCUUCCAGCCAUAAAAUAAAGUCGCCGUCGUCUACAUCCGGUCUAAAGGCGAAAGACGUUCUAGCCGCCUUCAAAGAUCCCAAGGCCUGGCUUACGGCGUUCAUGUUCUUCCUUGCAAACAUGGCCUACAGCACGCUCCCGGCUUUCUUACCCACCAUCCUCCAAGAGAUGGGCCACAGCGAGCUGCAGGCCGAGGCUCUCUCCGUUCCGCCGAAUAUCCUGGCCUUCGUCAUGGUUCUACUCGUUGCGAAGAUGUCUGACCACAUGAAGUCGCGCUCUCCAUUCAUCAUUAUGUAUGCCCUCCUCUCGGCAUCGGGUUAUCUCCUCCUCGCCCUCGCGCGGCCCUCGGAAGGCAUAAUCAGCCCCGGGAUUCGCUAUUUCGCUGUGUACCCGGCGGCCGUGGGGUUCUUCUGUGUGGUCGUCCUUAUUAUAGCCUGGUCUGUGAACAAUCAACCGGAUGAGAGCCAGCGGGGUGGCGGGUUCGCGCUGCUCCAGGUCAUUGGGCAAUGCGGUCCGCUCCUCGGUGCACAACUCUACCCAGACCGCGACGCACCGUUUUUCGAGACUGGCAUGUGGACUUGCGCGGCUGCUAUGUUUGGCGUUGCUAUGCUCGCAUUGGUUUUAAGGGUGUAUCUCGCUCGGCUAAAUCGCAAGUUAGAUGAAGACGAGGGAACCGGCGCUGAGGAGGAGGUUCAGGGCCUGGUUGAGCCUGGUGGGAGAGUGAAGCGUGGGUUUAGAUAUAUGCUCUGAUUCUCAAAUUGAGGUGAUACACAGUGGCGGUUAGCGAGCUGUGUGGACUGGGCGUUAAAACUUUACUUCAAACCUGAUAUCCUACUUCUAUUAUUUGUUAUUUAAUACGAUCCUUAACGGUAAUUAUCUUCUACUUGGUGAGACCAAGACCUUACUAUAAUGCUGGCCUGUUUUACGUACCUACCUAGUACUUCCCUAUGCUUGAAGCGAAUUGGAUAUAUUA